ACCUAGAUACUUAAACGCUUUGUUUGAUCUGCUGCGUCGUCCGAUCUCUGAACGUAUUGCCGAUUGCAGUGCGUGACAAGCAAGCUUCUAGACAGAUCAGACCCUUAGAGCCCAGCGAGCGAAACAGGGUAUUAGAUUCAGUCUUACCAGCUCAAGCAUCGCCAGUCAUUCCAAAUUGCUACUACUUCAAAAGUUUAAUUUUAUCAACAGGAAGAAACGUAGAAUCGACAACAUGACCGGCACAGCAGCAUGCCUCGAGCCCACCAUCAUCUGGUGUCUCCCGCGCUCUUGCUCGACGGCGUUCGAGCGCGCGUUCAUCCAGCGCUCCCACGACACCAUCACCUUCCAUGAGCCGACCGGCGACGCAGCGUACUUCAGCAAGGAGCGGCAGAUCUACCGUUUCAAGGAGAAGGAAUGUAGGUCCGACCCGCAUAGGUACGAGAGGGGCCUCAAGGAGGUCAUGGAGGAUCUGGUCCAGGGAAAGGGAAAGGAUAUCGGGGGUAAAAAAUAUAUUUUCAUCAAGGAUAUGGCCCAAUAUAUCUUCCCGGCCUCGACACUGCAAGCUCUGCACCCUGGCUCGCGCGUCUACCACCCGACUUCGCCAGAGUACCAGCCGCCCGUCAAGCCGUCCGAGCCGGUCGUUAAGACGCCUUUACCUGACUUCUCUAAGCCGCUAGCUGCUGAUUUCGGCACAAGCGUCAAGAGCAACCCGACUGCGCUGCCCACUGCCCUCCUGCGACAAUUCAAACAUACAUUCCUCAUCCGCACGCCGAACAAAUCUGUGCUGUCGUACUACAAGUGCGCGCAGGAGGGUGCUGGAGGGUUCGAGUACUUCGAUGGCGCAGAGGCAGGUUACAAAGAGCUAGCACUGCUGCACGCUUGGAUCUCCAACCCGCAGAGCGACUUCCACGUCGAUGCCGAUGCUGCCGCUUCUAACAAGGAGGAUGGGCAAGAGCAUGUGUCGAGGAAGAAAAGAGGCGUCGGAACAGACGGCGUGCCCAUCUCGCAGCCCAUGCCGCCGCCGCUGAUCGAAGCGAGCACGCUACUUGCCGAGCCGAACCACGUGCUGGAGCAGUACUGCAACGCGAUCGGCAUCCCAUUUUACAAGGGCAUGCUGUCCUGGGAAUCGUCCAAGAAAAAAGAAGCAACGGACGCCGACGUGAAGGCCCAGGUCGACGCCAACAGGCGCACAGUAUACAAAGAAAAUGGCAAUGCUAAUGUAGAGGUUAACGGCAGCAGCAAUGCCUCCCUCGCCGAUUUUGCAAAGUGGGGCACGUACCACCGCGUCGCCGAGGAGAGCACCGGCUUCCGCAAGGAGUCGACUCCAGCGAAUGGCGCAGGCGACAACGUCGGGGCGACAGAGAAAGAGCCGCUGCUCCCCAAGGAGGUGCAGGAGACGAUCGAGGCAAACAAGAGCGCGUACGACUACUUGCUCUCGAACCAGACCAUCCACUUGCACGCUACUGCAUGAGCACCACCAUCGAAUCAGUCACAAACUCUGCUCCUUGCCUGCACACAUUCAGAAGAUGCGCUGCACCCAUCUCUCUUCAAGAUCGCUGCCUCAUCACAUGCGCAUACCUGCUCUCCUAGAUGCUAGAUUAAAACUCCACUCCUUGCUGUAUAUCUAAAAUGGCACGUUGAAUGGACGCUGACCACUUCACGAAUCGUU